AUGGAGCUGUUUGUCCAGCAGGUUCUCGGGACCGUGAGUCUCAACGAUCAUGUGGACGAGAUGCACGAGUACUACCGGUGCUUUUCUGGAUGGGUUGCUCGGCAGCGGAAAAACUGGAUGGCCCAUAACGUGCUUCCAGCUGCCAUUUACCACGUCAAAAUACGCCAACAGAAGACCAAAGGAGACAGGAUACAUUUGUUGGAGACGCCCGAGGGACUGGCGGUUUCGGACAAUUUGCUGCCGUGGUUGGUGUUCGGGUGCCACGUGCUUCUGGACUACUCUACUGAUGUGAAGGUCAUCUCUAAAUUCUUGUCGCGGGCAGGCUUCCAGCUUUUACCAGAUGAUCUGAUUGCAGAUAUUGUUGCCUGGUCGAGUUACCCGGCUCGAUUGACCAUGACUGCGGGCGAGCAAGAGUUUUGCUCACGCGUGUUUUCGCUGCUGGAGUCUUCUGAGCCCGAUUUCUUCCCUUACUGCAAGUCUGGAUACAUCAAGCACACCUGGCAGUUGCUCUAUAACCAUCAUUUGCGCACUCCGAGCUUAAACAACUUGGUGGAUCAGGCUGGAAUUGUUUACUUUGGACUCGUUCGGAUCGAGAAGAGUAUUUAUUCGGUGGUCUUCAUGGACGCAAUGACCGAGGCGGUGGAGUUUUCGGAUCUCAUCACCACACAUCGAGAUUUCAAAAACCCCAGGGAGUUUGAUCGCAUGUCACAGGAGGUCUCUGAUUGUAUCUGUGCCUUUUUGAAGAAAUACGGCCAUCCCAGAUUUUUGGUCCUAGUCAAUCCCUUGUCAAAUUGGCUCUACUAUGUUCUCAGCAGAGCAGUGAAGCACUUGUGGGUUCCAACCCAUACCGAGUUUGUUGCUCCUGUUCAGAAGAGUGAUACGGAGCCCUUGGUGUUGCAGAAAGUCGAACCAUUUCUAAGCGUGAUUGCAUACGUUCUAUACAACAGAGAUAUUUCAGAGAUACCUCCAUUCAAACACCUCAAGUCAGAAGACUCGUCCUGGAGACUGACGUUUGCCACUAACAUCCACUGGGCUCAGAACCAAGUCUUUUCUUAUCAUCCCAAGACCCUGAGUGACAUGUUGUCACCAAGGCUGAUUGUGGCUGAAAUUCCGGGACUCAACCUGGUCAAGGCUGAUCCAAUUACUUUCCGGAUGCUCAAGACCAAGCCUCCAAAGCGGUUCAAUUGUGGCGACUGUCCCUUAAGCUCAGCUACUCGCCUUGACAAGGCGAGUAGCGAAGUCUUCCAGGAACUGAUGAAGAAAAGCGAGCAGUUUAGUCUUAGUGCGGGGCAGAAACACGCCAAUAUCCUGAUUGACAAUGUGACCGAGAAGGUUUUAGUCUACUUGUAUGAGCUGAGGGAGGCCGAGAAGCAAGGUGUUUACGACGUGGCCACCGUUAUGAGGCAGAGCAAGCUUACUUUCCAGUCCAUGAAUGAGGAUGAUCUCUUUUGGAUUUCCCAUGGCGUGGAAAUAAUGAAGAAUGGGAGCUUUGGUCCUGCUGAGGCCUUCAAUGGCAAUAGGUCGGAGUUUAUUGAUCCUAAGGAUACCUCUGGACGUCAGUUCCAUUUGGCCCGCGAAACGAAACAGCUGAAACGGGAAGUAAAAGAUGAAACCGAGAUUGACAGUGAUGAAGAAAUUAUAGAAGAAGAGCCCACUGCGGCGGACGAUUCGGACCCUGGGGCAGAGCCGAUGGUGGACGAUGCAGGAGCUUCUGUUCCUGCGCUUGAUCUGUCUCUUAGGAGAACUCCUCGCAGGGCUGCUGAGAUUGCUGCUGUCAAGGUCAGGCAGGCCUAUGAGCGGUACAAGAAGGUGCGUCGAGGUGUGUACAUUGACAGGGAGGCACCCGAGACAGAGGAGGAUAUGGUUUUUCCGACUGUUCGAAAUCCUUCACCGACUGCCUCUCCAGCCAAAAAGAGAAAGGUCGAUUUCGGGGCUCAUUUCAAACAACUUCGGUUGCUUGGAGAGAUCGGUAAGGAGAUGAGUGCAUCUAUGGGUGAUGAAGCUGUGGAUGGUGAUGCCGAUGACCAUAUGGAGGAUAAAAAUGUCAACAUGGAAGCUGGAGAGGGGGAUGGAGAUGAAGAUGAAGAAACCCACUCGGUAGAUGGAGAGGAGGGUGGUGAGAGUGAGAGUGGGAGUGAGAGUGGGAGUGAGAGUGAGAGUGAGAGUGAGAGUGAGAGUGGGAGUGGAAGUGGAAGUGAGGAAUCUGCGUCUGGAUCUCGUCAAGCCAGUCUUUCCGAACAUUCUAACCCUCUUAACGCUGAAGCAGAUCGCAUGUUGGUUCCUGAAAGUCCCCCAUUCGAAGACGCAGAAAGAAUCAUUGUGGCAGAACAAUCGAGCCCUCUGUUUGAACGGGCAGGCCCUGUAGUUGCGGAGCCGGGAAGUCCUCGCUCUGUUGAGCCGGUCCCUGUUGUUGUUCCGUCUGCAACACCUUCAUCAUCCACUUUUGUGAAGGACGAACCGUUCAGCCCUCCUGCUAUGCUAAAACUCGAACCCACUAGUCCCAAAGCUCACGAGUCAUCCCCAGAUGUGCUGGCUGCUUAUUCGGAGGAUUUUUCCUAUUUGGAGAUCACAGACGAUUGUCCUGUUCAGAAAAUGGUUGACGAGGAUGUGCGCAACCAUCCAGACGCAGAGUACUCCGUGAAGCCUAUCAGAUUCAGAGGAACUCAAUACCCUGACGGCAAGCUGGCGUACUCAAGUGACAGUGAGUCGGACUAUGACUCUAUGGACGGUGGCUACUCGGAUAUCGAUUUUGGAGUGGAGCGUGCUGAGAGGAAGAAACAGAGACGGGAACAGGUAGAAUACACUCAUGCGGACUUUCAGCUGUCGGAAAAUGAUGAGGAGUGGACACCAUUGCAGCCUGGCGACUUGGAGAAAGUGUACAACAUUCUCAAAUGGGGAUGUGAAGAUCACUCAUAG